AUGCCGUCCAAAUCAUCAGGGCGCAUCGCCAAAGUGCGCAAGAAUAAAUACUCGACACCCCAUCAAAAAAACCACCGAUGGACGUCCUUUUCCGACAAGAUAGCCCAGUUCAACUCGCUGCAGCCGCUGCGGCGCGUCCGUCGGCACGAUCUCGACACCGAGGACCUGUCGACCGCGACGUCCUAUUUCCAGACGGGCCUGCAGAAGUGGAACGAGCUCAACCUCAGCCGGUGCUUCAUCUCCUUCAAGCAAAAAGUGCUGCCCAUUAGCGAGACGCUGCCGCAGAUUCUACAUUUUGAGACGCGCAUCAUGGACCUGCUCGAGGAGCACAUUGCGAUGCAGGACAAAGACGGGCUGGAGCCGCUGUUGGACCUGCUGACGGCGUUUGCGCACGACUUGGGCGCGCGGUUCGAAAAAUACUACGAGCGGAGCCUGGCGCUUGUCAUUGCGAUUGCGAGCCGCCCGCAGGUCGUCGAGGUGAUUGAGUGGACCUUUGGCACGCUCGCGUUCCUCUUCAAGUACCUGUCUAAGCUGCUGGUGCCGGACGUGCGGCCGACAUACGACGCCGUGGCCCCGCUGCUCGGCAAAACCCGCCUGCCGGGCCACAUUGCGCGCUUCGCCGCCGAGGCCCUGAGCUUUCUGGUCCGGAAAGCGGCCGCACCGUCGCACCGCGAGACGGCGCUAGUCCGGCUCGUGGAACAUGUCCGCGCUGAUCUUGCGAGUAUGGUCGACGACAGACAGUUCACACUCUACAACGACGGUGUCAUGACCAUGUUUGCCGAGGCUUGCAAGGGCACCGACGGCACCAUCCACUCGGCCGGCGCGGCCGUCCUGACAACGCUCAUCGCUGCGAUCCCCGACGACGAAAAGACAACGCUGGGGGGGCGGCAGGUCUGGACCGACGUUGUCUGCGGCGUCCUCACAAGCACGACGCAUCACGCCCGCACCGAGCACUUUGACGACUAUGCCGAAGCCAUCUUUGACGCUGUUGAGCUGCACGGCGUGGUUCCCGACACACCGCCCCCGGCCUGGGCUGUGGUACCGCAUGUUCGAAUACUCGGCACGCUGGCGGGCGUGCGCAAAGGCUCGCGCAUCAGUAACUGGAACCGCCUGAUCCAGCAGCUCGUCGCGCUGCUCGCCAAGAUGGUUCCGUGUCCGCCCGCCGACGAGCCGACCGGCGCCGAUGAGAACGACAACCUGUGGACGCGCGUGCUGGUCAGCGCGGCCAUUGCCUGCCAUCACGCCCCCGUUGAAGCUCUCCUUCCACGCCUCCCGUCGCUCAUCCGCUCGCUGACCCGCGAGCCGCUCAUGCGAUGGUUUGUGCCGUUCUGCGCCCUGUUUUGCAAGUUGGACCCGCGCCGCUUCGGCAGCCUGCUGCGCGGCGACUUUCAAAGGUUUCUCGCCGCGCACUGGUCACACGCCGCGCACGGCUGGUCCAACGAGGAUAUGCUAUGUGCGCUGCUGCCGCGCAUGAUGGAGAGCCGCGUCGCCUUCCCGUCGCCUUCCGACAAGGACGCCUGUCGGCUGCCCCAGAGCUGGCAGGACCAGAUCGUGUCCAAGUUUGAGCACCUCGAGAUCUCGCCUUUUCCCGAGCGCGGGCCGUACAACAAGGACCCGCAGGUCUGGCGCGAUCGGUGCCUGCCAAAGUAUGCGGCGCUGCUGCAGAUCUUGGAACUGACGGCCGUGCACCCCUCGACCAACGCCCGCAUCGCGGAGCUGCUGCUCAAGAAGCUCAAGCUGGCGCUGCGGCCCUCGUCCACGCUCGACUCGGAUGAGGUGCGCUUUAUUGUCGGGCCUGGCUUCCACGCGUACUUGGGCAUGAGCAAGGCGGCAGGCGUCAUUGACCCAUCUCUGAGCCGGCUGCUGCGGGCUGCUCUCCCGCGCUUUGCCCGCUCCGUGGGAUUCCUGCGCUCAUAUCUCACCUAUGUACAGACAGUAUCUGACAGCGCCUCGCCAGAGGAACAACCUGCUAGCGAAGAGAGCUCAUCAGAAACUGACCCCGCCAUCGCGUCCCUCAUUGAAAAUUUGGGAUCACCCUCACACGAUAUCCGACUCACCUCACUACAACUACUACAACAUAUGGACACAUCUGCCGACGUCAUUGGCGCCAUGCUGCAGAUUGAAGAAACGCCUCUCCAGCUUCAAAACACAAGAACAAUCGGCAUGCUCAUUCGCAAACUGGGCCAAGACUAUGCUCACGUGGACAGUUCCAGCUGGGUCAGCCAAGCUGUUCCGUCUUUUCUGUUUGGCAUGCUCACGGUUAAGCUCUCACCGGUCUGGGAUGAUGCCACUGACACCCUUAAAUAUGUUGCGCAGUCCAAAAUUGGUGAGGAGGCCAUUGCCAAAAUUGCGUUUCGGUGGCUUGACGUGCCCUCGCCGCGAUGGAAGGCCGCGAUGGGCGAUGGAUCGGCCACUCAAAGACCCGUCCUAUCAGAUUUCGACUGCACGGCGCAUCUGGCACUCACCAGGACUGGAGAGAGCAUUCGAGAGGAUGCGGCUGGUGCGGCAACGAAACUGCUCGAGAUAUUUGACCAAGAGCAGCAGCUCGUGGAGAACAUUGCCGACUUUGCGCGGAACCGCGCCCUCAAGGUGUUCAAUGCGCUGCCGGCCAUUGCCGAGAAGAGGUCGCGCCAGCUGGUGCCUCACCUACUCUCCUGGGCUAGCGAGUCAGAGGACACGGUAGAAGAUGCGACGGGCGAGGAUGCCGGGGCGGAGGAGGAUAAACACUGGUCGCUGGCCGACCGAAAGGGCAUCAUCGGCGUGUUUUCACAAUUCGUCAACCCCAAGGUCCUGUACCAGCACGAAAAGGUCUACAAUGCGCUGCUGCGACUCCUCGAGAACGGUGACAUUGAAGUGCAGAGGCUAGCGCUCAAAGGCAUUCUGGCUUGGAAGCAGGAGGCCGUCAAGACGUACCAAGAAAACCUCGAGUUCCUUCUCGACGAAGCACGCUUCAAGAAUGAGAUCGCCGUCUUCUUGCAAGAUGACGAGCUCAUUAAAACGGCUCACAAACCCCAGCUGAUGCCUGUCCUCCUGCGCUUGCUAUACGGCCGCACCAUUUCCAAAAAGGGCGCCGCCAGCGGUCGCCAUGGCCUGCAGGCUACUCGUCUGGCCGUCAUUCGAAAUCUUUCCCUCCAAGACAUGGGCGACUUUCUCGACAUUGCCAUGGGCAAACUCCGCGACGUCCAGGUCCUCGGACAGUCGGCAGUGCAGACCAAGGCGUCCUUUAGCGAACCUAUCAUUACGCCGCGCCAGCAAGUUGGUUUCCUCAACAUGAUUUCGUCGUUGAUUACAGAGAUGGGCAGCGGCGUAUUGGAUUACAUGGAAAAAGUACUAACCCCGGUACUGUACUGCCUAAUCUACGCCUGCCGGAAUCUGCGGGACGUGGCGGUGGAGGCAGAAGAGAGCGAGAAAGAAAGCAGUGUGUCGCUGCUCCGAGUCGUCCGCGUGACGGGCAUCAAGUGUCUCAUUUCGCUUUUCCAAAAUGCGCAAGCUUUUCAGUGGGAGCCGUACCACGAUCUCAUCAUUGAGGAGAUUGUGUCGCCGAGAAUCGAAAACCUUGCCGCCGAGACGACGCAAGGUGUUUCUGGACUCAUGCAACUCUUCUCUACCUGGUCCGUUCUUCCCAAGUCGGCCUUGUUCCUCGCUCCCCACGGCACAUCACUGCCAGUGGGCGUCUUGCCUAGUGUCAUCGACUGCAUUUCAGGACAAAAGACAAAGGACGACGUCAAGAUGCACUCGCUCGAGAUUCUGCGCAACCUCGUCAAGCUGGCCGUGGCCCCGGCCAGUGAAUCCGAAUUCAACGAGCUGAUCAAGGCGGAGUUGUUAGACGCCAAUGUGAAGCAGAUUUUGGCGAGCAUCACCAAGGUUCUAGAGGAGCAAACCGUCAGCCACUCGCUCCUCGAGGCGUGUGUCGAAACUAUCCUGGCAUUUUCAAUUGUCGUCCAGGACAUUGGAAAUAUCCAGUCCGUCAUCCGCAUCUCGAGCUAUCUGCUUAACCAGCCUCCGCGUCGGGUCAGUCCCAAGACCAAGGGACGCAUCCUGCUUAUCGUUGAGAGCUUUGUGUCCAUGGAACACGCUGGUCAAGACACUCAGCUGCUGCAGCAAGUCUACGAGACUCUUUCAUCUUUAUUUAGCUAUUUCAAGGACCGCGAAAACAGACAAUCGCUGGCUCGCGCUCUGCUUGCGCUGUCAAAGCAGGACUCUGAAGUCGCCGUCGUCGCAAGCUUGUGCAAUGAGCUCAACUCGUACAAGGAGGGCCGUUUGGACGAGCCAGAUUACGACCGACGCCUGAGCUCGUUUACGACUAUUGCUGCUGAGCGCGAGGUUGCUUGGACCCCGAAGCAGUGGCUGCCCGUGCUGCACAACCUCAUCUUUUACAUCCGCGAUGACCAGGAAUUUGGUGUCCUGUCGACCAACUCUGCCGAUGGUUUGCGGCGAUUUGUUCAAAACGUCUCCGAUGCCGAGCCCGUCAACAUCAAAGUUGCCUUUGAAGAGACACUCAAGUCUGUGCUCAUGCCUGCGGUGUAUGCGUGCGCCCGCGACCCCUCUGAGACGGUGCGCCGCCAGACGCUCCGCGUGUUUGGCUUCCUGCUCUCCACCAUGCCCGACUGGGCGCCCGUUGCCGACCUCAAGGGUCUGCUCACGGAACAACAAGAAGAGUCGACCGAGCCCGCUUUCUUCUUCAACCUGCUGAGCCCCGCCGUGGCACGUCAGCUCGAAGCUCUCAAGGCCCUGGAAGCUGCCAAUCUGUCGCAAGAAAUGGGUAGCCAGAACCUGGCGCAGUUCUUCAUCCCGCUGCUGGAGCACUUCAUCUUUGGGCGUGAAGAUGGCACUGAUGAUCAUGGUCUCGGUGCACAAGCCACCACGACAAUCGGAAACCUGGCCAUGUCUCUCCACUGGAACCACUACCGCACGACACUCCAGCGAUACAUCAGCUACGUCGGAUCCAAGCCAGAGCUGCAAAAGCAAACUGUCCGUCUGGCUGGUCGGUUUGCGGACGCUCUUAGUGCCUCGAGGGAGAGCAAGGGAGACGCCAUGGAAGUAGAUGGAGAGGAUACCCCAGCACGGAAGCAGCGCCUUGCCACGAGUACUUCCAAGACCCAGCUUCCUGUCGACAUUUCGGAGUACUUUUUGCCGCCCCUGACCAAAUAUCUCCACGAAAAGGACGAGUCCGAAGUCAGCUACCGUGUGCCGGUUGGUGUCAUCAUCGUCAAGCUGCUCAAGCUCCUGCCGGAAAAGGAAAUGACCCAAAAGCUCGCCGGAGUCUUGACUGACAUCUGCCACAUUCUGCGCAGUAAGAAUGACGAAUCUCGAGACUUGACGCGUGACACGCUGGUCGAGAUUGCCGUCGUUCUCGGCCCCAACUACUUUGGCUUCAUUCUCAAGGAGCUCCGAAGUGCCCUCACGCGCGGUUACCAACUGCACGUCCUGUCGUACACCAUGCACUCUGUCCUGGUUGCCUCCGUACCCUCCUUUGGCCCUGGCGAUCUCGACCACUGUUUACCCGCCAUCGUCAAUAUCAUCAUGGAUGACAUCUUUGGCGUCGUUGGUCAAGAAAAAGACGCCGAGGGCUACACGACGCAGACCAAGGAAAUCAAGGGCAGUAAGAGCCAGGACUCGAUGGAGCUGGUUGCCAAGACCGCCACCGUGACGCACCUCAUUCACCUGGUCAAGCCUCUCCGGGCUCUGCUCAUGGAACAGGUCGACCUCAAGAUGGUGCGCAAGAUCGACGCGCUCAUGUCCCGCAUAACCGUUGGCCUAUUGCAGAACCCAGCCGCAGAGAGCCGUGAUACUUUGGUAUUCUGCUACGAGGUCAUUCAAGAAGUCUACAACAGCCGAAAGCCCCAAGAGGAGACAAAGAUGGACCCGAGGGUGCGAAAGUACCUUGUUCAAAAGGGCGCCAAAAAGAACGACCGAGGCAAGGGGUCCAAGCAUACUUACAAGCUUAUGCGGUUUGCAUUCGACAUUAUGCGCGCCAUGCUCAAAAAGCACGACAGCCUGCGUACUCCCGAGAACAUUGCUGGCUUCGUGCCAAUCAUUGGUGAUGCUAUUGUGGAUGGUGAAGACGAGGUCAAGCUUUCGGCGUUUCGUCUGCUGGCGGUCAUUGUCAAGGUACCCAUGGGUGACGAUGGUGCCAACCUUUUCAAGGUCACUGUCAGAGAGGCUACCAAGUGCAUUUCCAUGUCGACAUCUACCACUACCGACCUUGCACAGGCUGCGCUCAAGCUGCUGUCCGUCUUGCUGCGCGAUCGACGCGAGGUGAUUGUCAAGGAUGCGGCGAUCGACAUGCUCAUUGCAAAACUCAAGGACGAUUUCACCGAGCCCAUGUAUCGCCAUGUCACGUUCAACUUUUUGCGGUCCGUCCUUGAGCGGCGCGUCGAGACCGCCGCCGUGUACGACACGCUCGACCACGUCGGCACCAUCAUGAUUACCAACGACGACAAGGACACGCGCGAUCUCGCCCGGGGCGCAUUCUUCCAGUUCAUCCGCGAGUACCCCCAGAAAAAGGCGCGCUGGGCCAAGCAGCUCGAUUUCAUCGUCGCCAACCUCAAGUAUGAUCGCGAGGGUGGCCGCCUGUCUGUCCUGGAGAUGCUGCACCUGCUUCUCAUGAAGGCGUCGGACGAGUUUGUGCAGCAAGUAGCGUCGACAUGCUUCCUCCCGCUCUUCUUUGUCCUCGCCAACGACGACAGCGAAAAGUGUCAACUGGCGGCCGGGGAGCUGAUCAAGGAGAUCUUCCAGAAGGCGGACAGGGAGCGCAUACAACAGUUCCUCACGCUGCUACGCUCGUGGCUCGACAAGAAGGAUAAUUUGCCUGUGCUGCGACUGGGCUUGAUGGUCUUUGGAUACUACUUUGAGGCAAACGAAGACGCCGCCAAGAAUAGAAAGGACUACAAGCUUGUGCUUUCUACCAUCGGAGAAUUACUAGAUCAAGAUGUUACCGAGCUGGAUGCUGAUCUUGUCAGCACCGUCAUUAGCACGAUGCAGCUGUUUACUGUGCAGUACCCGGAGCGGGUUCUCACACCCGACAACGAGCAGCUGUGGACCAAUGUUGCCCUUUGCCUGCAGCAUGAGGAUGUCAAUGUGCGUCUCGUGACAAUCCGCUUGAUUGCUGUGUAUCUGGGCGACUUUGCGAAGCAGAGCGGCAGCACGCCCCCCGGACAAGCGCUCAAAGGAUCUUACGGUCUCACGCUGCCUGUGGAGAAACUGCAAGACUAUGUGCGCCUGGGUUUGAACGUCCUGGGCGGCGCCCAAGUCGACGAGGCGCUGGCCAAGGAAGUCACACAAGUCAUCAUCUUCCUCGGACCUCGCCUUGCCGACGUACCUGAGAAGAAGACGGCCAACGGCGAAGUCACCGGCGAGGAGCAGGAAGAAGAAGAAGAGGAGGAGGAGGCAGCGGACCAGGACGAGGAGGAGACGACCCAGCGUCCCCGCGACAUUGGCUACCUCUUCUGGCGUCUGUCCCACAUUCUGCGCAAGGAGAUACGCCCCCGCUCCUACGCCAUCGUCCCCAAGAUCCACGCCAUGGAGGCGCUCGAGACCAUUGGGCGGCGCAUCCCCGUAGAGCGCCUGCGGCCGUCGCUGCGCAAGGUACUGGAGCCGCUGCACCACUUGACGGACCCGUCGAUCCCGGUGCCGUUUAGCGCCGACGACGAGUUCCGCGCGCGGCUCGACGGCAUCAAGACGCGCGCGCAAAUCAUGAUGGACGCGCUGCAGAAGAAGUUUGGCACGGCCGAGUACACGCGACUGCUGCUCGAGAUUCGCGAGGCGGUGCGGAGGAGGCGCCAGCUGCGGUCGAGCAAGCGCAAGAUUGAGGCGCUCGCGCAGCCGGAAAAGUACAGCCGCGACAAGCGCAAGAAGCUGGACCGCAACAAGGAGCGGCGCAAGGUGCGGUCCAAAGAGCAAAAGACGAUGCGACAGACGUACAAGACGUGGUAG